AUGGACGAUUCCCUGGCGCGGGAAAUCCGAGAGCUCAAGGCACGAUUAGAUGACGCAGAAGCAAAGUCGAGUGCAGCAGAAGCCAGAUGGAAUGCAGCAGAAGCGAGAAGAAAUACAGCAGAAGCCAAGAUUGAUGCAGCAGAAGCGAAAGCCAGUGCGGCAGAAGCAAAGUUAAGACCAUUGAAUGUUGAUGAAUAUCUGAUCGCUUGCCAUGAUCUCCUCCAGCUAUCGCUCACAUUUCCGGAGAGCAAAUCACAGGGCACUCAAGGCCUCACACGUGUCAUGGGGAAAUUCUAUCCAAAAACCAUUCAACAAGAUCAGACCCUGGCUCGGGAUCAUGAGAAGUACAUCGAUCUCGCCUUGAAAGCCCUGAGAGCAGACAGGCUCGAUACUCGCCCCCAUUUCCCGAGUACAACUGAAAUAGAGUAUGACGCUCGCGCAUUGGGUAAAGGGCUGGUGGCCUGUGAGCGUGACGUAGAAUAUUGGAUCAUCGUGGCCGUCCAAAAGCAUGCAACCAACAUUCUAGCAAGCUUGAGUGGUGAAGCCCUUCAGCGCCGCUGGGAACCACACAAAAAAAUAUCAUUCGUAAACCAUCAGCGGCAUCUACAGGAAACCACACCUUUCGCACCACCCAUGGGUCGUGCUAACCCCUCUCCAACGGAUCCAAAGAUAAAUUCGACCUCUGCUCUAAUGACUCGCGAUCUGGCCGCGGACAAGCUAUGUGUUCACUAUGCGGACGAGAGCAAGGAAAAAAGUCAACGAAUUUUGUUCCCCAUAGAAUACAAGCCACCUCACAAGGUUUUUGCGGACCUUCUCAGACGAGGUCUCAAGCUACGGAGCAUCAAGGACGAGAUCCUUGACAAUGUCCAUGCCCCGACUCGAAGCUCGCGAAAGCGGAAACAUGGAGAAGGAGGUCAACGAGCACCAAUGAGCGAAGCAGAAUUAAAUUCCCUCGCUCUAGAAGUUGUUGCAAUGGUCCUGACACAGACCUACGACAAGAUGGUCACGGCAAGGGUUGAACAUGGCCUUCUUACGACGGGAGAAAGUUUCGUUUGGUUAUAUGUCGCAAAGAACGAUCCAACGACUUUGAAAUGGCACCUGACGGUUCCUGGAGCAGUCCUGCCAAGUAGUCAAAAUCCUCUUCAAUUUCGCGAGACUGCUGUAACCCAGCUUGUCGGAUGGUGCUUAAUGGUUUUCGAUCGCUUCAAAGGACAGCAUAGCCAAGACUGGUUCCAAGCGCUCAAACCAAAAUUAGCCAAGUGGAUGUACAACGACGAUGACCUCUUAGCAAACAUACCUGAGACUCCCACAAAAGCUAAAAAGAACUCGCCUUACCCGCCGCGAAAGAAACACAGUAAGAAUACCUGUGGAGAGAAGAAAUUGACAGCACGGCCUCAUGACGACCGAGACGACGGCUCACCCUCAAAAGAUAAAUCUCCAUACCCUCCAGCUCCUCAAGGCAGUAGACAAAAUCCAUCCCGAAAGACUUCCGCGCAACAGACACGUGGCAGUCAUCAGCAAACCCCGCCCCAAUCAAUGGAACACGCACCCUACUGCACGCAAGCAUGUCUCCAAGGACUAACCCAAGGCCUAGUCAUGGACACUUCCUGUCCCAACCACGCCCUCCACUUGCAGCAGACCAGCUCCCCCCACCACCACCCACUCACCACAUCCACCCUCAUCUCCCUCCUCUACGCCCAACUCAAAGCGCACCCUGACGACGGCAUCUACCCACAAGGAAUAAUGGGCGCCUGCGGCUACCUCUUCAAGCUCGCCCUCCUCUCGCACGGCUACGUCCUCGUCGGCAAAGGCACCAUCCCCCCUCCUCCCCCCCCUCUUGUUCGAAGCCAAAGUCUACAACUACCUAACCUGCCUGCAAGGCGUGGCGAUCCCGAUCUGUCUCGGAAUUUUCAAACCGUUUUACGAAUUCCUGGUCGGCAUGGGCGUUGA